AGAUGACUGGCGGGGACGACCGGGAGCGGACCUCCUCCUCCUCCUCCUUGGCGCAACUUCCCUUGGAGGAUCCCGCCCAGGCCGUGCUUGGCGAGGAAACAACAUGAACAGCGCUGCCGCUGCACUGGGGCUCCGGGGAGCCAUGGCUGCCCCUCGCCUGUUGGGGCAGGGACGCCACUGCCGCCUCUGGAGCAGCGAGCCCUGCGCCCCUCAGCCGAGCCCUGUGCGGAUCGGCUGCGCCUCGGGCUUCUGGGGAGACACGGCGGCCUCAGUUCCCCAGUUAUUGUAUGGAGGGAAGCUGGAUUUCCUGGUUUUUGAUUACCUUUCUGAAAUUACAAUGUCUUUGCUAACUGCUGCCAAAGCCAAAUCUCCAGAUUUGGGAUAUACACCUGAUUUUGUAUUAACUGCAAUGUCUCCAUAUAUAAAAGAUAUUCAUAAGAAAGGUGUCCGUGUUGUGAGCAAUGCUGGUGGAGUUAAUCCAGUUGCAUGUGCUGCUGCUCUACAACAAGUGGCGAAAAAGGCUGGUGUUGAUAUGAAGAUUGCAGUUGUUACUGGCGAUAAUUUAAUUGAAGAGGUAAAAAAUGUAAAAGAAGCUGUCCUAGAAGCAGAAAAUGGGAGGUUAUUUCCAGAAAGUAUUCACAGCAUGAAUGCAUAUUUGGGUGCAAGACCAAUAAGUAGAGCUCUUGACCUAGGAGCUGAUAUUGUGGUGACUGGCAGAUGUGUUGACAGCAGCCUUGUAUUAGGACCACUAAUCCAUUCUUUUGGCUGGAAGAGAAAUGAAUUCAACUUCUUAGCAGCUGGAAGUCUUGCAGGUCAUCUAAUUGAAUGCGGUGCUCAAUGUACAGGUGGAAUAUUCACUGACUGGCAUUCUGUACCAGACUGGCAUAACAUUGGCUUUCCCAUAGUAGAAUGUUCUGCUGAUGGAAGUGUUAUUGUGUCCAAACCACCCAAAACAGGAGGUCUGUUGUCUUUUGGCACAGUGGCAGAACAGUUGGUUUAUGAAAUUGGUAACCCUAAGGAAUACCUCUUACCAGAUGUCACAUGUGAUUUCUCCCAAGUUUCUGUUGUUGAAAUUCCAGGUGUUGACGGUGGUGCAGUGAAAGUUCAGGGAGCUACAGGAUUACCUCCUUCAUCAUUUUACAAGGUAAAUGCCACUUACCUUGAUGGAUUCAGAGGUAUAGCGUGCUGCCCAGUGGCAGGACCAAGAGCAGUAGAAAAAGGAAAGCAAACGGCUGAAAAUAUUCUGGAAAGAACUCGCAUGAUGUUCAGCCAACUAGGAUAUGAGGACUACAGUGCAGUGAACAUACAGAUUUUAGGUUCUGAAGAAACGUAUGGACCACAUGCCAAGAGGACCCUAGAUGGGGGUCCUCGGGAAGCUGUUAUUUGGCUUGCUGUUCUUCAUAAGCAGAAACAGGCAGUUGAAAUUUUCUCAAGAGAGAUUGCGCCCGCUGGAACAGGAAUGGCACCUGGUAUCACUGGACUUGUGGGAGGACGCCCAAAAGUAUCUCCAGUUUUGAAACCAUUUUUCUUCCUUUAUCCAAAAAAGAAUGUGAAGAUUAACAUAUUUAUGAAUGGCCAGCAUGUUGAAACAUUCGAGGAAGAUCUUUCCUUCACUUCAGAUACACCAGUUUCACCUUCAGAUACACCAGUUUCACCUGAUGUUCUCCAGACACAAGAUGAUUUAAAAGAUCUACCAAGUGGUCCCCAUGCAUAUCGCCUGGAAGAUCUUGCCUACACCAGAAGUGGAGACAAAGGCAAUUCAGCAAAUAUAGGUGUCAUAGCCCGGCAUCCUCUUUACUACCCAUACUUGAAGAAAACGUUAACUGCUCAAGCUGUAGAAGAUUAUUUCGAACAUAUUUUAGAAAGAGAAAAACCUGGAGAGAACUUGGUCAUAAGGUAUGAGUUACCUGGAAUAUGUGGAUUAAAUUUUGUUCUGAAAAAUUCACUUGGUGGUGGGGGUAUAGCAUCUCUGAGAAGUGACCCACAGGUAAGUUAUUCAUUUGCUUUUUUCCUCUAUUACAUCAUUCUUUUUGACCAACUAGUUGAUUUCACCAGUAUAUCUGCUAAAAUAUUAAUCCCAUAAUGGCAAAGAGUCUUGUGGCACCAAUGCCAUAACAUUAAUUUCAGAUUCAAAAAUCACACUGUACAUCAUGCCUUCAGGUAGCUCAGACAAUAGCAUGUUCUUUUCUGGAGUCCAGUAGUAUCAACACAAACCAUGCACACAACUACAUAGAUUUACGAGUUUUAGUAAAUACAAUAAUACACUAGUACAGCAACAGCAAAUAUUAAAGUAAAGCUUAUAUGAACACAAUAUAUUUUCUCAUUUUCAGUGGGGCAUAUGAUACUUCUGAGAGUCUAUAUAGUGGCCAGCUGUUCAACAGAGAGAAAAAUUAGGCUUCGUUUUCUGAGAGAUGGCAAGAAGGAAGCAGACAUCCAGUUAUGCCUAGCUUUAAACCUGAUGAAUUAGAAAAUUUGGAAUCAUGUGGCCACAGAUAGUAUCUGCAUUUUUUUGGAAGACAGUUUUCUCUCAGGACUUCUCCUGCCUUGGCAUAUUCUGAGCUUCAAAUGGCUGGAUGUCCAAAUUUAAAAGAAAAUGUUCCUCAUUCUUUAAGUGAGAAUGUCAAAAGGUCAAUUGCACCAAAAAUAGGCUAUUUUGUAUGCAAUUUAGUUCCAUCUGUUCAAAACAAGCUAGCUUUCAUGUAAAUGUUCAGAACUUAAAAAAUAAAAUUUAGCAGUUUCUGAUUACCUUUGUCUUCCUGACAAUCAGUGCAUGUUUAAUCAAGUAGUUUCCGGUACACAUUUUAUUGUAAUCAUUAAUUUGCCGAAGUUCUACUUACUGGUAGCUCACUAAAUGAUUUAUAUGGAACUACAUGGCUUGGAUGAUAAACUCAGUUUACCCUCUUGCUCUCAGAUAGUUCUCCAAAUUUUUAGGCAGUUCAUAAAGAGGUGAUCCCAGAAUGAAAUUCAGAACUAUGUCCAGAGGUUAACAAACACAUCUCAGCUUGUAGAUCUUCUUUGCAGCUGGAAGGUUUUCCAUUUCAGAAUGUGGCAUUAAGGUAACUGAAUUAAAAUGCACAAUAAGAGGGAAGACUAGUCUCUGAUUCAAAUAUGACUCAGCAUAAUGUAGGAUGUAACUGUUGGAGUGGUGUGUGGAGGCACGAACCUGUGCAUGUGGAUUUGUGCACUUGUCACGAUGCAGAAUUAUUCUUGAAGAAGUAUGCGGGGAGGGGACCAAUUUGAAUAUGAGAUGAAAUUUGUUGUUUUAAGCAAUGCAUAUGCAUUUUUUUUAAAACAGGGCAAAUCAUUUGGACAGAUGCUGUUGGACUUCCAGAUAAAAAAUGUUCCAAAUUUAAAGUCUUUGAUAGAAUAACAGCAUUGGCCUCAUUCUUUUUUGAAACAAUGUCAAGCAAAUAUUAGUUUAAAUAAUUUAUUCAGUCGUAGAAUGAAGAAACUUCUAAAAUGUCAGUUACGAAGCAAAAGCUUAGCUGGCUUGUAAUGCAAAGAUAAGACGAUGUUGUGAGUAAUACCAGAUUUUUUUUUUGUGACUGGUAUUUCCUGUCUAGUGCAAUGGAUUAAGAGUCUAUUUAUUUCCUGUGAAAAACUGCUUAAGCAAUAAAUAACAGAUUAUCAUUCUAAACAAUAAUCACUGUUCCCAAAUAAAAGUUGCAUUUCCUUCUACACUGCUUUCUGGUAUGGUAGUAAUUCUAAUGUGACAAUAUAUAAAUUGACAAUAUAGAAUAUUUGUUUAUUAGAGCAUCUCUGAUUGCAAACAUUCUACAUUAUGGUAUCCAAGAGCUGUUAUGAUCUCUACUUUUUGUAACUGUAUGUCAAAAUGUCAUUAGAAGGAUAUUAUUGCAUAUGUUUCAUAAUUAUUUUAACCUAUAAUGUAAUUUUUAAUUGCUAAUCAUGUAGAUAUUAGUUGCAUAGCAGAUUCUUAAACCUGUACAAAACACACUGAUUGAACAGACCAUACAAGUCAAGUGCCUUUUAUAGAAGAAUCCAAGUGCCUUUUUAAAGCAUGUAUGUGUUUUCAGGAUUUGAACAUGAUCACUGUAAAAAACUGUAAAAUACUUUAUUAAAAGUCAAUGAUUUUUUAAAA